GCAUCUAACACGGAUGGCCUCAAGCCAGCAACGCUCGCUACCUAGCUAGUCUCAAGUGAUCACUUGGCCAACGGGCAGUAAAGGAGUGACGGGAACGAGCAAUGCGUAGACGUGUAGUGGCUGCCACCUGCGUUUUGUGGGAUGAAUGGACAUCCUUCCAGGCAUCGUGGGUGCGAAGUGUUCCAUCCCUAGCUGGAAGCGUUGUCUUCACCGAAGUCCUCACUCUGCCGAGCGGUCAAAGCAAGGGAUGCGGCAUCGUCGAAUUCUCCACUGCCGACGAGGCUCAGCGCGCGAUCAGAGAGCUCAGCGACACACCCCUGAUGGGACGUCAAGUCUUCGUCCGCGAGGACCGCGAGAACGAGGCGCGCUAUGGCGCACCUCCAGCACAAGGCCGGGGCGGUUUCGGUGGCCGAGGCGGUCGCGGCGGCUUCGGUGGCGGCUUUGGUGGCCGUGGCGGGUAUGGAGGCGGUUUUGCUGGCGGCUACGGCGGUGGCUACGGUGGUCCUCCCGCUGCUGGUGCUCCUGGCGCCCAGCUCUACAUUGGAAACCUGCCGUUCCAGGCUGGUUGGCAGGAGCUCAAGGACCUUUUCCGCUCUGCUGGAAACGUCGUCCGAGCCGAUAUCAACCUGGGCUUUGACGGCCGACCAAAGGGCAGCGGUAUUGUCGUCUUCGCCACUCCAGACGACGCUCAAAACGCGAUCAACAUGUACAAUGGCUUUGACUGGAACGGAAGACAGAUCGAAGUUCGCGAGGAUCGCUACGCCGGUGGAGGAGGCGGUGGAUUUGGAGGAGGCUACGGUGGGGGCUACGGAGGAGGAUACGGAGGCGGCUACGGUGGUGGUUACGGCGGAGGAUACGGAGGAGGAGGAGGAGGGUAUGGCGGAGGCUUUGGCGGUCGCGGAGGCUUUGGCGGCCCUCGAGGUGGCUUCGGUGGCCCGCGAGGCGGCUUUGCUGGUGGCCGCGGCGGCUUCGGCGGCGGAUAUGGUGGUGAGCCUCGUGCGCCCUUGCCUCCCGCAGAGCCAAGCCAGCAGAUCUUUGUCAAGAACCUGCCGUGGUCCACCUCAAAUGAAGAUCUCGUCGAGCUCUUCCAGACUACGGGCAAGGUCGACGAAGCUGAGAUCCUGUUCGAGGGCGGACGUUCGAAGGGUGUCGGCGUGGUGCAGUUCGCAACCGUCGGAGAGGCAGAGACUGCCAUUGCCAAGUUCAACAGCUACGUCUACGGAGGCCGCAGCCUGGAGAUUGAAUUCAACCGCUCUUGGCGCGACUUUGCCUCCUUGCGCUCCAUCGGGGAUGCUCAAAUGUCCUGAGCUCGCAUCGUUUAGCCCAUCGCAGCUUGGUGCUAGUCAAGGCUCAUCAAACACAAGCUGCAAGGGCCAUGCUCUGAUCGCACGCAAUGUACCGAAUCGAUCUUUGCUCUGACUUGCUUCCAUCACCACUUCAAAAGAUUCCAAUCGAAUCCGAUGACUUUCUAAUUUGCUCAAGGCCA